AUGGCUGUUGGUAAGAAUAAGAGAUUAUCCAAGGGUAAGAAGGGUUUAAAGAAGAAGGUCGUAGACCCAUUCACC